AUGUCCCGAAUAAAUCCAUAUUCCCGCCAGUACUUACUUGCUGAACAAAUACGACUAGACGGCAAAUACACAUUAACCAGGAAAUACAACAAACAGCAAAUGCGAAAUGAUAAACCAAAACAAUCGAGAGUACCCCUUUCAAUCGCAAACCCCUUGCAUCCUUUCACCGCGGUCUCACUCACCGCCACUCAACUUCAUUCGUGCUCACAACGAAAAGCGAAGUCCCAGCAGCAAUGA